AUAAUUAUGCAAAUAAGACGGAAAUAGGUUCACAAGGCUGGCCACCAAAACAUUAGAAUGUCCGUGGAGCUGUUUUAUUCUUUUAUCAUUUUUCAUAUUAUGUAGCAUUAAAAUUUUGAUGUAUUAUUUGUUAAUCCUAUGAUAAUAGUAUUUUCCCAUGUCUGUUUUCAAUUCAUUAUGAUUUAUCCAUAAAAACUACAACUACCAGAAUGCCUCGCGCUUCUGUUGUGUCAUGUGACACAUGCAUCAAGCAGACAGCGAGGACGCGGCUGUUUACAAACUGCUGGUCCUUCGCUGACUAAAAUCUGCGAUAGAAAGGAACAAAGCCACACGUUGGAAAUGGAAAGUUCACAUUCGUAUUACUUUGGAGACAUCGGCUGCUGGGCUGAGAGAACGGAGGUGCACAAAGCAGCUUCCCUUGGCCAGACCUCUCAUCUGCAGCACCUCAUCCAAGGUGGAGCUUCAGUCAAUGUGGUGGCUGUGGACUCGAUCACACCCCUGCAUGAGGCUUGUCUUCAGGGUCAGGCUCAGUGUGUGCGGUUGCUGCUGGACGCUGGAGCACAGGUGGAUGCUAGAAAUGUGGAUGGAAGUACCCCGCUGUGUGACGCCUGCUCAUCUGGGAGUUUGGAGUGUGUGAAGCUUUUAUUAGAGCACGGUGCUAAAGCCAACCCCGCCCUCACCUCUCGCACAGCCUCCCCCCUCCACGAGGCCUGCAUGGGAGGUAACUCAGACUGCGUGAGGCUGCUUAUUACUAUGGGUGCCUGUCUCGAGGCGUAUGACCUUUACUAUGGGACUCCACUGCAUGUGGCGUGUGUUAACGAGCGCACGGACUGUGUUAAAGUUCUGCUCAAUGCAGGUGCUAAAGUCAAUGCCGCCAGGCUACACGAGACUCCCCUGCACCACGCAGCUAAAGCUAUGAGACACGACAUGGUGGAGUUACUGGUGGAGUUUGGGGCCAACAUCUAUGCCAGAGAUCAGCACAACAGGAAACCCGUGAACUACACCACACCAGGCUCUCUGUCUGCAACCUGCCUGGAGUUUUAUGAAACUACUCCUAUGAGUCUGCAGCAACUCAGCAGGUUGGCAGUGAGGAGGACGCUGGGUACCACGGCUCUAAAGGUCAUCGCUCAGCUGGACGUGCCAAAGCUCAUCAUUGGCUACCUGUGCUAUCAGUGAAGCUCGUCACCUGCAAGGAGAAAAAGAGCAGAGCUUGACGACCAGAGUCUGUGUGGAAACGCUGCUGAUGUGUGCUGACAAGCAUCAUCGUGCCUAGCACAGCAUCUUCACACAGGCUGCUGUUCAAAAGUGACUUUAUAAACGUGUUUGUUUAUAAAGAAACACAACUUAAGCACUUUAACUGUUUCCAAGUAACACAACAGGAAUAUUUUAGUCUUAAAUCUUAAUUUGGACUUCUGUUGAAUUCCAAUUUUCUAAGUGUUAAUAAUAACUCGUAACCACUUUGGUCAAAGGGGAACAACGUGCCCUGCAGGGAGAAAAGAGAGAGUCCCCUCCCAAGGACCCAUUUUUAAAAUGUAUUUGUUAAAGUGAAAAUAGAGGAUAGUCACUCUUGAGAAGCACAACAUGUCCUACUGAUUUAGAAAUGUAACCCUGGUGUAUCCCGAGGAAGAGGGACUAAUUAAAAUCUGUUUUCCUUUUCUAAGUUGGUCACUUUUGUCUCUGCUGUGGACAUUUCUCCAGGUUUUACACUUAAAAGUUAAUUACUACAAAUGACUCAAACCUGCUACACUUUAUUGGUGUAAAUCUGCCAGCAUAUAAUAUAAUUACAUGUUUGCUUUGUGACCCUGACAAAGAGAUGGAACAGAUAAACAAGAGCAACGUGUACAUGUACAGGUGAAACUCGGACAAAUUAGAAUAUGGUUCAAAAGUUCAUUUAUUUCAGUUAUUCACUUUGAAAGAUGAAACCAAUAUAUGGGACAGACACAUUCCAUGCAAAGCCAGGUAUUUGAAGCCUUUAUUUAUAACUAAUGAUUAUGGCUCACAGCUUAUGAAAAGCCCACAUUAAAAAUCUCAAUUAGAAUAAUUUGAAAAGGUUCAAUAUUCUAGAUUUUAAGUGUCACGCUUUAUUUAGCUAAUGCAUUCAAAACGCCUGCAAAGGGUUCCUGAGCCUUUAGAUCAGUGGUCCUCAACAGGCAGCCCGCGGGCCCCCUCUUUGUGGCCCCUGAACCCCACAUGUAACCUCACCCCCCCAGGACGGUGGGCGAAUGGGAGGUGCGCUGUCGCAUAGAGGGUGUUAAUGAACAGCCAGCAACAACCCCCCCAUCACACAGCCGAGCCGGAGGGAAAGGGACAGGUGUUGUCCUUUCUAUUGUAAGCUUGUGUCUCAGUCUGGAUGACUGACAUGGACUUUGCACCAUUCUCCUUUUUUAGAGUUCCACCUGUACUUCUCUACUAGUGAUUUCACCUGUUAGUUUUCAUAAGACCUUUCAUGUUUUACUGCAGGCGUCUUCAAAUUUCUGGUUGUAUGCAUUUUCUCAAUUUUAGGUCAGUAAAAGCCGAAUGAAUGAUUUAAUAAAUCUUACAUUUAAACAAAAAAACAAACAAAAAAAAAAAGACAAAAACAAGUCAGUUACUGGGCCUCAGUAUUCAUUUACG